AUGAAAGUGUUCAUCCUCAUCAAUGCUCCUUUUAAGCUUGUAUAUGCAUUCCUUAUGGUUGAAAGACCAAGACUAGUGCAUAACUUACAUUUGAUAAAGCUAAAGCAGUCCAAAGCCCAAGAACAGCUGACUGAUGAAAUGGCUUUUAUAGAUGGGGAGAGUAGACCUGAAAUCAAAAAAUCAACUCCAAACCAGAAUAUUUCUGAUGAAAAUCAAAAUCAUGACAUGAUAAUGGAGAGACUAACAGGAGAUAGUUUCUGGUACUCCAUCUUGGGAGGACUCUGGGAUUUUGAUUACCAGUUAGAGUUUAACCAAGAAAACCAGCAGAGACAUUUAGCACAAGUAUCUUUCACCCACAAAAAGAUCACACAGGAGAGAAGCCAUGACUGUAAUAGAUUUGGAGAAAACUAUAACGUGAACUCAAACCUUAUUAUGCAUCAGAGAAUUCCUUCAAUUAAAAUACCCCUUAAUUCUGACACACAAGGAAAUAGCAUCAAACGUAAUUCAGACUUGAUUUACUAUCAGGGAAACUAUGUAAGAAAUAAUCCUUAUGAAUAUAAUGAGUGUGGAAAAAUCUUCAAUCAACAUAUUCUUCUUACUAAUCAUAUUCACACUGAAGAGAAACCCAGUGAAUGCGGAAAGGUUUUCAGCCACAAUUCAUCUCUUACUCAACCUCACAUAGUCCUUACAGGAGAGAAGCCCUAUAAGUGUGAUGAAUGUGGGAAAAGAUUCAGCCAGAGGAUACAUCUUAUUCAACAUCAGAGAAUUCACACAGGAGAAAAACCUUUUAUAUGCAAUGAAUGUGGGAAAGCCUUCCGUCAACAUUCAUCCUUUACUCAACAUCUGAGAAUUCAUACUGGAGAGAAGCCCUAUAAAUGUAAUCAAUGUGGUAAGGCAUUUAGCCGUAUCACAUCCCUUACUGAACAUCAUAGACUUCAUACCGGAGAGAAACCUUAUGAAUGUAGUUUUUGUGGGAAAGCCUUCAGCCAGAGGACACAUCUUAAUCAGCAUGAGAGAACUCAUACAGGAGAAAAACCCUAUAAAUGUAAUGAAUGUGAGAAAGCCUUUAGCCAGAGUGCACACCUUAACCAACAUAGGAAAAUCCAUACUCGGGAGAAAUUAUGUGAAUAUAAUAAAUGUGAGAAAACCUUAAGUCCCAGUCCUUCACUUACCCAGCAGCACGUAACUCAUGGGGGGGGGGAAUCAUAUGAAUAUAUAAAUCUGGGAAAACUUUUGGUCAGAUCUUUUCAUCCCAUUCAAUAUCAAAUUAUUCAUAGAGGAGAGAAAGCUUAUAAAUAAACUUUUAAUACAUAGAAACUAAAUAAAUUUAGGUCUUAAAUUAGCAUGUUCCCAGGAGAGAUUAUAAAUAGUGAAAAUAAUUUAUUUUAUAAAUAAGAUUAUAUUAAGAGUCAUGUUCCAAAUCUGAUAUAAAACUUUUUUCAAUGACCAGAAAUCUUGCAGACAAUAAUCUGUAAUUAUUCACCUGUAACUUUUAUGAUAUAAAGUUUUUAAAUUAUGUAAACAUUGAUUAAGGCAAUGAUGUAGUAUAACUAGUCACAUAAACUUGAAAUAAACAUAAAAGCAAUAUUUCUCAAACU